UCUUAACGUUUUCUUUCCUACACAAGAUCUACCGUUCUGUGCAUGAGUAUUUUGUGUUAUUUAAUCGUACUAUUUCAAAAAUGUCGUAUUUUAUAGUGUUAAACAGUGUUCGGUAGCAUAGCCGCGAGUUUUCUUCAUACAUUCUACGAAUCCCAACGUUUCUAGGUGCAGUAGAAGAUGUCGGAGAUUGCUGAAAGCUUUGCGUCUUCGCUGAGUGAGCUGACAGUGAACAGCAAGCCGCACAUCAACAUGUUGACCAUGUUGGCGGAUGACCACUUGGAGUACGCUCCGAUCAUCACUGAAACCGUGCUCACUCAUCUGCAAAAGGUACCUCCUGAGAUCAAACUUCCUGUGUUGUACCUUAUCGACUCCAUAAUGAAGAAUGUAGGCAAGGCAUACAUCAACCUCUUCACUCAGAACAUUGUCCAGUGCUUCACUGCCACAUUUGAAAAGGUGGAUGAGAAGACGAGAGAGCAAAUGUUCAAGCUACGUCAAACGUGGAGUGAUGUUUUUCCUCAAAAGGUGAUUUAUGCUUUGGACGCCAAGGUUCAUCAAAUAGACCCUGCCUGGCCUCUUGGCUCUCCGCCAUCAACUGUCCACCUCAAUCCAAAAUUCUUCAAACCAGAUGUUCUGGAUUCCAAAUUAACAUCUCCAACUAAACAACCAGAACAGAAUAGAACUGAAAGUCGGUCUCACCACAGAAAAAACAAGACUUACAGCCGUCAAAACCAUAAUGUAUCCAAAUCUACGCGUUCCAAAAAGUCGUCACCCACCAGCACCAGUGGUACUGACAACAUUGCCCCAGCCCCACCUGCAGUGCCAGCCAAACCUUCCCCCACUCCAGAGCAGCUGAGGGAGCAGAUGAUCAUGAAGCAGAAGAUGCUGCUGGAACUGCAACAACAGAAGCUCAAGUUGGAACUGCUGCAAACCCAGGCUCAGAUAGAGGAGCAAGCGAAGCAGUUGGAGCGACACUCUAGCAACAACAAGACAUCACACGAGAUAUCGAAAUUACAAGAUAUCCUAAAGAAAGAGGAAGAAAAGCUGAAACAGAUGAACAAGAAUUUAAAGAAACACUCCCAAAAGUUUCCUAAUAGACAGCAGAUUGUGCGAGUCACCAGUAAUAUGAAAGCUCAAAAGGUGACUGACCUUAGCAAGGUGACAGGAGCAAUGCCUGAGAGUCUGGUCAAACCAGCUGCACUCCUGGAACUGAACCAAGACGACAAACCCAAGCCAUCAGUCAAACCUUCCUCACGUCCCAGGAUAGUCUUGCCAUUGCCCACCAUGGACAAACAGAAGGUGAUCACACCAGCUGAUUCUACAGAGGAUGCUGUGCCUCCAGUUCGUAUCGCUCCAGUGAGCUCUCAGCUUAUUAAUGCAGCGUUGUCAUUUGGCCGCAAUGUACGAGACCCCAGGAUAAGACAAAUGUCCUCUCGCUUGGAGUCUCAGCUGAACACUGUAACUCCUACAACUACAACUCCUACCCACCCCCCACUUACCUCUGCACCACCACCACCAACAUCCGUGCCUGUGUCUGAUAACAAACCUCACGAUAGGUAUAGUGGGAAGGACAAAAAACCCAGUAAUCAACAUAAAGAAAGACCUUCUAAACAUCCUGAACAAGAGAGUAAAUCUCAUUCAAGGUCCUCUAGUCGAAGUGGGGAUAAGUCUAGUAGAUCAAAAGAGAGGGACAAAGACAAGACGUCUCCUAAAAGAUCAGAAGCCAAAAUUAGCAGUAGUAGAAGAGCCAGAAUAGAGGGAUUGUUUUCAGAUUCCAUGUCAAAAUCGCCACUAGAUGCAAAAGUUUCAUCAAGUGCACCUCAUUCUCUCCAGCAGUCACAUCUGAAUCAAGAUCAAAAUUCUAGAGUAGAAACCUCUGAAGCUGGACCAAAGACAGUAUACUCUGAAAGAAUGUCAAAAACAGAGUCUAGUCCUAAAAGGACGAAAUUCCAAGACAAAAACAAUGAUGUCGACAGUUAUUUGAAUUCAGAACCACCCACAGAUAAGUCAAAAUCAUCAGCUGAUAUUAUUAAAACUCAAGUGAAACCAACUGGAAUUCCUCCCCCAAAAGUUUCCCCUGAGGCAAUGGAUAGCAGUAGUGAAAUGAAAGAUGAAGAUAUUGAAAAAAUUGUUAAACAUCCUGGAUAUUCCAAAUCAAAGCCUUUGGAUAGUAAACUGAAUGAAACAGAAAAAGGAGAAGCACAAGAAAUACUAGAAUCCACUGAAGAAACCGAUUAUGAUAUGAAUGAAAUAGUCCGUAAUCCUAAUAAACAAUUAAAGGUUGAUAGAAGAACAAAUGAUGACAAAGUAAAACAAAAAUCUUUGAUGUUUGGCAGUCCUAAAAAGAAAAAAGAUGAAAAGGAUUUAACUAAAGUAUUUGUGGCAAAACAGGAGACUAUGGUGGAUUCUGAAUGUCGUACAAGUGUUGACACAUUUUCAAAAGACAACCAUUUUACAGAAUCAUUUACUUCAGAGAAGCAAUCAGUUUCCAAGGUUCCUGAAAAUGUAAUCACAAGGCAAUCAUCAUUAUUGGAACAAUCCAAUAUUUACAAAGAUCAUAAAUCUAACACUGAAUCUAACAUUGGUUCUAGUUCUUCUGAGCUGCCUACAAAUAAAUUUGGUUUUGCAGAAUAUGUUGAUAAAGAAUCUGAAUCUGAAUCGAUAUCAAACCUCAUUGAACAAGAUGAAGUUUCUUCUACAAUUAACACAUUUUCAUUCCAAAAUGACAUCAACAAAUCUUUUAUCCAAGAAGAAGUUGUAUCUACAGAAACCACUUCAGUUGAAAUAGAAGAAUAUGUUCCAAUGGAUGUAGAAGCGCAGUCGGUAGAAAAUCUGACACCAACAGAAUCUGUACUAAUCUCUUCUGAAGGUACCGAGUCAGUUCCGAUAGUUAAAACAAAUGACAGAUUAACUCUAAGCCCCAAAAAAGUCAUGAGUCCAAUUAGAAAUGUAGAGCCAAUGGAGACUAUUGUUGAAGUCAGUGAAACACAAAUUGGAGAGCUAACAUCUUCAAAAAAAUCUGAGAAAAGACCAAACACUUCUUCCAUUCAACAGGAAAAAAAGUCGAAGAAGGGAGAUAAACCGAGCUUGAUGGAGCAAGUGAUUGCUGAUGCUGAAAGGCACGAGGCGUCCCCCUCUCCUCCCCCACCUCCUGUCAUCAGUGACAAGUUCAAGGGGAUCAAACAGAGCUCACUGAGUCGUCUGCGUAGAGUCGGUCGUUCUCGCGAGGAUCUUGAAUCACCAGAACCUGCCGAUGUAGAUCUCCGCACACAAAUCGCUCCUCUGCCAACUCUCACUAAAGAUCUCAAAAAUGAGGUUUUAGGAUUAGCAGAGACAGAUGUUGACUUACGUAAUCUUGCUGCGUCUCCCACAAAGAAACGACCCUCCAUGGAGAAUGCUUUAGACACUCCACCCGCCAAGAAAUCAAAGGCCGAAGUCAUGGACGAAUGGGCCUGGCAAGUGGCUAAGUUUCCUGCUUGCAAGAUCAGCUAUUUCCCCGCACGUCCUGACCCUGCUCACUGGUAUAGGCCUAAUUAUUCCCAGAUCUGUAUAUACAAAAAAAGGUUAUUUGGUAGUGAGGAUGUGGACCUUCGUCCAGUGUUGUGCCCCCCACCACCCUCUCCACCACCCCCGCCAAUCAUAUCAUCCCCCCCACCACCUGAAGCAGCUGGGGAGCGGCUCUGGGCUCGCUACAAACAGAACAAGCCUGACACAUACAAGGUCAAGUACACUCCUACCCGACGUGAUAGAGCACCUAGUGUCGACAAGUUUGGACGCUACAACCGCCUCAACAGUGGGUCUGAAGGUCGGUGGGGCAGCAGUGGCCGAGCUAAGAACACAGAAGAUGUGGACAUGAGGGCUCCUCCUCUGACUCCAGAUGGUAGUUACAACCACAUCAUAAUACAAGCUAUGGAGCAACACAAGCGAGGUGACCUGGACAACGACGCUUACAAGCGAGUCUUAAGCGAGGUGUUUGCCAUGAGAGAGAAGCAACAGCUGGAGGAGGCCCAGAGGAGAGAUGAGGAGGCUCAGGCUGAGCAACUGGAGCCUGUCAGUGAUGAUGACAUUAGUGCAGGCUCCUUGUCUGGAGUAGAAGAUGCCCCAUCUCCUCCAGAAUCAUAUUCAGGUGGUGAAGACUUUAAUGAGUCAAGCUUGAAGAAGUCCAAGACAGAAGAUGAGUCUGAUAGCAAAGUGGCCGGGAACUUGAUGGAUGUUGACAUUAGAAUACCUCCUGCAGACUUAGACAUCAGGAUAAAAUCUCUCUUUGACACCGAGGAGAAACCUGUUGACGACAAAUCAAGCCAGAGGACAAGAAGAGAGCCACUCCCAUACACUAGAAGAUCUGAUGAAUCUGAGAAAGAGAAAUAUCGACGACACAGGACUGAGGCCAGGGCAAGUAGGAGAGAGAAGAAAGCUAAACGGCUGGAGGAGGAGAGAGACUUACGAUACAGAGAAUCCAAUAGGUAUGGCCAGGAAGCAUGGGUGCCGCCCCCUGAGGAUGUCAAGGUGGGAGAGGAGACAGAAGUGCCCCGUGUGCCUCCGCUGCCCCCGUACAUGCAAGCCCCGCCCCUUGAUGGGCUGCCUCAGGCUACUCCAGUGCGACCACCACACUGGGACCCGCAGAGAAUGCCUGGUCCCGGCCCUGCACCUGGUCCUUGGUUGCCAGGAAUGCCCCCAACUAUCAGAGCACCACCAGUGAUGGGACUGAGGCCACCACAAGAAAGAUUCAUGCCUCCUGGAUGGCAUCAACCUGGACCUGGACCAAGGUUUAACCGGUUCGGUCCACCACCCAUGGGUAGAUUCCCUCUGCUGCCCCUCAACCCUUGCGAGGUUCCACCUACUGACCAAGCUGUGCUCAAAGCUAUCGAGGAGGACCCGACGAGGUCUAUCAACAUUGACGGAGUCCCUAGAGACAUCCGCUUCUACGGCAUCACAGCCGUGGCUUUGAUGUCUUGGGAUGAUCCCAGGGAGAUCAGCUUCCAGCCUGGCUCCCGACGGGUGAUCAUUGACGAGCGAGACAGUGUUAUCGUACACUUCAACAGUCCUCCAGUGGAGGUGAUCAUUGAUGGUCAGCCUCACAGGUUACGGUUUGGAGCACCCACGAGAGAGCUGUUCAUAGACAACCAGUGGUUUGAGGUGUUCUUUGGCGGCCCCCCCGUGGCAUGCAACAUAGCAGGGCAGCCCCACAUGAUACAGCUGGAAGGUCCCCCACCCCCUGUCAAGCCUGGGGCACCUCGCCGCGACCUAGUCGUGGGCAAGAUCACACUAAUCAUUGACGCUGAGUAUUUCUUCACCAUCUACUUAGAUGCUAAACCUCAAAAGUUCGAGGUGAAAGGUGUAGGCUACAUCAUACGCUUCGUAGAAGCACUACAGAAGACAGUCAUUAACGGGGUUCCAUUCAAGAGUGAUUUUGGAGGAUUGCCGAAGCCAAUAAUUCUGAACGGAAAUAAACACUUCUUUCGUCUGACGGCGCUGCCACGAGGUGUGACUCCUGGAUUCCUCAGCAUUGCCAACAUGGAGGGAGGCCGCUUGCCAUCCCCACCAGGCAUGGUGGCCCCGCCGCAGCUGCCUGCUUCACUGGAGCAAGCUGUGCUCUUACCUCCCCCACACACACUCACAGCACCGCCCAGGAUAUCUCCUGAUGUGAGAGAUGUAGAGCAAGCAACUCUCAUUCCCCCCACCCCCGCCUCAGCCAGUACAGCAGCUCUAGUCACCACCCAGCCUCCCAACUCUGCUCCUCCUCAAGUGGUGGCCCCAGCAGUGCCAGCCAACUCCUUGGACAUGUUGACAACUCUGUUGCCAGCCACAGAGCAAGGCCGUGCCUUGGCUAGCUACAGUGUGGACAGUGAGGGCAGCAACCCCGCAGUGGAACACAACAACGCCUCCAAUGCACCUCCUAGCGGUGUCCAGUCAGGAACUGGAGAGAUCAAUGUGACAGAGUUGCUACAGAAACUAAUGGCCACUGGCAUUGUACCAUCUCUGGAGCCUCCCAAAGAUAAGGUCCAAGACAAGCCUGUCACUACAGACUCCACUCUCAUCAAACCUGUUGACUUCCGCAAGCCAGAGACACUCAAAACGAGACAAACAUCAUUGAUAUCCCACCUGUACUCGGGCAUACAGUGCAACUCGUGUGGUGUCCGUUUUCCUCCAGAGCAGACAAUGAAGUACUCCCAGCACCUGGACUGGCAUUUUCGUCAGAAUCGUAGGGACAAAGACUCAUCUCGAACUGCUCAGACUCGUCGAUACUACUACGACGUCAGCGACUGGGUACAGUUUGAGGAGAUUGAAGAUUUAGAAGAGAGAGCCCAACCAUGGUUUGAGAUGCAAGAUGGCGCUGGCGAGGAGGAUGAACCAGAGCGGAUCAUGGUGAGUGUAAGAGCUGCAGACUAUCCAGAAGAAGCAGCUUGUCAUAUAUGUCAUGACAAGUUUGAGUCUUUCUACAACGAGGAGAAGGACGAGUGGCAUCUCCGCAAUGCAGCUGACCACGAGGGCAAUCUGGUGCAUCCCAUCUGUCUGGAGGACCAGAAGGCUGCUGCUGAGAAGCCAAUAGUGGUAGAAGACAUUGACAUCACUGAAGACGAGCCAAAGGAAGAGGAACCUAAAAAAGAAGAAGAAUCCGAGGAAAAGAAAGAAAAGGAAGCUCCAAAGGAGGAAGAUGAUGAUGACAUAAUGGAAGUUACAGACAUUGAAUACAUCAAGCCUGUAUUCCCUGUGGAGGAUUUGACAGUUUCUGAUAAUGAAGAAGAAAAAGAAACAAAAGACACAACUGAAAACGAAGACAAAGAACUGAAAAAAGAUGAAGGAGAACCAUCAGAAGAAGUAUCAUCAACAACAGAGAUGGAGGAGAUACCCAAGGAAUCAAAAGAUGAGAGUCAAGAUGGUGAGGAGUCUAAAGAAGGAGAGGAGAAGGAACCAGAGACUCUGGUCAAUGAAGACUCACAGGACGACCUUUUGAUGUUGGUGGACAAGGUAGACGACAGCAUCCUCAGCAAAGAUGAGAUCAUGGAGGUUGUGAAGAACAUAAAGAAGGAUCCAGAUGCACUAGGGGGAGAGUAUGAAGAAUCUGACGUCAAGAAAGAGAAGGGAGAAAUCCCGUUACCUGCACCUGUUGUGGACACCACGCACGCCACCGUUACCUGUCUUAUAGAUGGAAAUGUCGAGUUUGAGGAAGCUGCACAGAAAAUUUCCCAGGGACCUCCCAGAAUCAAAAUCAACAUCUCUAAAGCAAUACAACCUGCACCUAAAGAAAAAAAGGAUGAAAGUAAAGAAGAAGAACCAACAGAGACCCCUACUAUUCCUGACAUUAUUUCUGAUAAUCCCAAAGUGACUCCAACUUCGCUGAACUGUCAGCCGUUACCUCCAGGCGAGGAACCGAUACCUGUUACGAAAAAGGAGAGACUCAAGAAGGCAGAACUAGUGGAAUAUCCACCAGUUGCUAGAGACAAAGAAUUAUCAGGACUUUGCUCUAUAAUGUAAAGCUAUGUAAUUUAAUAAAUUGGCCAAAGAUCAGUUUCAGAUUAAUAAUGAGUAUCAGAACUUUGUUCUAAUAUGUAAAGCUCUGUAACCAAUUUGUCUAAAAUAAGUUUCAGAUUAUCUGUAUACACAAAGAUCAAAUUUGAAAGUUUUUAAAUCUAUUUUGAGAUCACAAUAUGUAAAUAUGUAUAGAUAAUAUAUGCAACGAGCAGUGUUUUAUAUUGUUCUUGUGUAUUUGUAAUUAUAUUUUGGAUUAAUACUUUUUCUUAUUGACAUGUUGGGUUUUUAUUUAAUCCUUAUGGUUGUGUUGGUCAUGACUAGAUGUUAACCAAAAGUGUACAAAUUGUUGUAUGUUAGUUUUGGAAUAAAUGCAUAGAUU